AUGGGAAGUGUUGAAGCUGCAAACAAGGAUGCAAAUGGAAGCCUCCCAGGGAAAAAUCUUACCGUUGUUUUUGUGUUAGGUGGCCCAGGCAGCGGGAAGGGUACACAAUGUGCAAAUAUUGUUGAAAAGUUUCUGUUUACUCACCUCAGUGCUGGUGAUCUUUUGCGAGCAGAAAUCAAGUCUGGUUCCGAAAAUGGUACAAUGAUUCAGAAUAUGAUUAAAGAAGGAAAAAUUGUUCCCUCUGAGGUAACAAUUAAGCUCUUGCAAAAAGCAAUGCAGGAAAGUGGCAAUGACAAAUUUCUUAUUGAUGGUUUUCCCCGCAAUGAGGAAAACCGUGCAGCAUUUGAGAAAGUGACAGGAAUAGAGCCAGCAUUUGUCCUAUAUUUUGAUUGUCCUGAGGAAGAGAUGGAGAGGCGACUUCUUAGUAGGAACCAGGGUCGAGAAGAUGAUAAUAUUGAAACAAUAAGGAAGCGGUUUAAGGUUUUCUUGGAGUCUAGUCUGCCCGUGAUUAAUUAUUAUGAUGCAAAGGGAAAAGUUCGCAAGAUUGAUGCUGCAAGACCUAUUGAAGAGGUAUUUGAGACAGUCAAAGGAAUUUUUGGUCCAAAGAAUGAGAAGGUAAAUCACUAUGUUCGUCUUAUGCUGAUUGAGCAUGCUCACCUUUAUUCCAUGGUGGAAAUUUAG